AUGGAGGAGAUGUUCCAGUCGCCGCAGGUCUCCUCGUCCGCCGACAGCCCGCCCCGGCCCGAGCCGCCGUUCAAGUACCAGUUCGUGAAGGAGCCGGAGGACGAGGAAGACGACGAGGAGGAAGACGACGAGGACGACGACGAGGAUUUGGAAGAGCUGGAGGUCCUGGAGAGGAAGCCCGCCAGCAGCUCCGCCUCGUCGCUGGCGGCCGCCCCGGCUGCCCCGCCGCCCGGCGGCCUCGACUGGGUGCCGCCCGCGCCUCGGGGGCCUCUCCCGGCCGCGCCCCCCGCCGCCCCGGACCGGCCGCCCGCGCCCUCCCCGCCCGCGCCUGAGCCCCGCAAGUCGCUGCUCGACGACGACGACGACGAGCCCCCGGCCAGGCCGCCGCCGCCCCCGCCGCAGGGAGCGCCCGCCGCGGGCAGCCCCUCGCGCCCCGGCCCGCCCGCCCCGGCUCCCGCCGCGCCCCCGGCCGCGCCCAAGCGCCGGGGCUCGUCGGGCUCUGCGGAUGAGACACUUUUUGCUCUUCCUGCUGAAUCUGAGCCUGUGAUACACUCCUCUGCAGAAAAAAAUAUGGACUUGAAGGAGCAGCCAGGUAAUACUGUUUCCACUGGCCAAGAGGAUUUCCCAUCUGUCCUGCUUGAAACUACUGCUUCUCUUCCUUCUCUGUCUCACUUCUCAGCUGCUCCUUCUAAAGAACAUGAAUACCUUGGUAAUUUACCAACAGUAUUUCCCACCAAAGGAAAACAUCAAGAAACUUCAAUUGAAGCUUCUAAAGAAUUCUCAAAGAAAUCCACAAAUCCAUUUGUAAACAGGGAUAUAACUGAGUUUACAGAAUUGGAGUAUUCAGAAAUGGGAGCAUCAUUCAGUUGCUCUCCAAAAUUAGAAUCUGUCAUGAUAGCAGCAAACCUUAGGGAAGAAGCUAUGAAGAGUAAAGAUGAAGAGGAUUUAGUUAGCAAUAGCAUCCUUAAUAACCAGCAAGCAUUACCUGUAGCCCUUACUAAAUCAUUUAAAGAGGAGGAAAUUAUGUCUUCCCAAAAAACAAAGGACAGUUUUAAUGUGAAGGGAAUUGUAUCAGAAGUUCCUAUGAGGGAGGAAUAUGCAGACUUCAAACCUUUUGAGCAAGUGUGGGAAAUGAGAAGUACUUACAUGAAAGAUAGUGAAGUGUUGGCUGCUGGAGGUAAUGGAGAGAGUAAGUUGGAAAGUAAAAUGAUUCAAAAAUGUUUUACAGAUAGCCUUGAGGAAGCAAAGCAUGAAAAAGAUAGUGAAAGCAGUAAUGAUGAUACUUCUUUUCCCAGUACACCAGAAGCUGUAAAAGAUGGCUCAGGAGUAUAUAUCACAUGUGCUCCCUUUAACUCAACAGCAACCGAAAGCAUGUCAUCCAACAUCUUUCCCUCGAUGGAAGACCAUACAUCAGAAAAUAAGACAGAUGAAAAAAAAAUAGAAGAAAAAAAGGCCCAAAUUGUAACAGAGAAGAACACUAGACCAUCAAAUCCUUUCCUCAUAGGUACACAGGAUUCAGAGUCAGAUUAUGUCAAAACAGAUAGUUUAUCAAAAGUGACUGAGGAAGUAGUGACAAAUAUGCCUGAAGGUCUAACUCCAGAUUUAGUACAGGAAGCGUGUGAAAGCGAGUUGAAUGAAGUGGCAGGUACAAAAAUUGCUUUUGAAACAAAAAUGGACUUGGUUCAAACAUCAGAAGCUGUGCAGGAGUCACUGUAUCCCAUGGCACAGCUUUGUCCAUCCUUUGAAGAAUCUGAAGCUACUCCUUCACCAGUUUUACCUGACAUUGUUAUGGAAGCACCAUUAAAUUCUGUAGUUCCUAAUGCUGGUGCUUCUGUAGUACAGCCCAGUUCAUCACCAUCAGAAACUCCUUUAGGUAAUUAUGAAAUCAUGAGUCUUGAAUCUGAAAAUCCCCCACCAUAUGAAGAGGCCAUGAAUGUAUCAUUAAAAAAGGUAUCAGAAAUAAAGGAGGAAAUUAAAGACCCAGGAGUUAAUGUAGCUAUUCAAGAAACAGAAGCUCCCUAUAUAUCUAUUGCUUGUGAUUUAAUUAAAGAAACAAAGCUUUCUUCUGAACCUACUCCAGAUUUCUCUAGUUAUUCAGAAGUAGCAAAAGUUGUGCAGCUAGUGUCUAAUCAGUCUGAACUGGUUGAGGAUUCCUCACCAGAUUCUGAACCAGUUGACUUAUUUAGUGACGAUUCAAUAUCUGAAGUUGCACAAAAACAAGAUGAAAGUGUGAUUCUUGUGAAAAACAGUGUCACUGAAACUUCAUCUCCAUCAAUGAUAAGAGAUGAAAAUAAGGAAAAGCUCAGUGCUUCUUCACCACAGGAGGUGGGAAAGCCAUAUUUGGAAUCUUUUAAGCCCAGUUUAGACACAGCAAAUGAUAACUUACUACCUGAUAAGGUUUCAACACUGACCCAAAAGGAGAAAAUUCCUUUGCAGAUGGAAGAGCUUAGUAUUGCAGCUUAUCUAAAUGAUGGCAUAUUUAUUUCUAAGGACGCAGAAGCAAGAGAAAGUGAAACAUUUUCAGAUUCAUCUCCAAUUGAGAUUAUAGAAGAAUUCCCUACAUAUGUCAGUUCUAAAACUGAAUUUUCUCCUCACUUAGCCAGAGAAUACAGUGCAGUAGAAGUAUCUCACAAGGGUGAAAUUUCUAAUAUCCAGGAUGAAGUUGGGUCAUUGCCUUGCUCAGAAUUACCCCAUGACCUUUCUUUCAAGAAUGUACAACCUAAAGAUGAAGAUAAAGCCCAUUUGCUAGAUGAAUUCUCCAAAGAUAGGUCUGUUAUUUCAAAGGUGCCCGUACUGCCUCCAGAUGUUUCUACUUUGCCCAUUCAAACAGAAAUAGGCAGUUUAGUUAAACCCAAAGUUCUUGCGAAAGAAGCUGAGAAAAAACUUCCUUCUGAUACAGAAAAAGAGAACAGAUCACCAUCUGCUAUAUUUUCAGCAGAGCUGAGUAAAACUUCAGUUGUUGACCUCCUCUACUGGAGAGACAUUAAGAAGACUGGAGUGGUGUUUGGUGCCAGCUUAUUCCUGCUGCUUUCACUGACAGUAUUCAGCAUUGUGAGUGUAACAGCCUACAUUGCCUUGGCACUGCUCUCUGUGACGAUCAGCUUUAGGAUAUAUAAGGGCGUGAUCCAAGCUAUCCAGAAAUCAGAUGAAGGCCACCCAUUCAGGGCAUUUUUGGAUUCAGAAGUUGCUAUAUCUGAGGAAUUGAUUCAGAAAUACAGUAAUUCUACUCUUGGUCAUGUGAACUGCGCAAUAAAAGAACUCAGACGUCUCUUUUUAGUUGAUGAUUUAGUUGAUUCUCUAAAGUUUGCAGUGUUGAUGUGGGUGUUUACCUAUGUUGGUGCCUUGUUCAAUGGUCUCACACUACUGAUUUUGGCUCUGAUUUCACUCUUCAGUGUUCCUGUUAUUUAUGAACGGCAUCAGACACAGAUUGAUCAUUAUUUAGGACUUGCAAAUAAGAAUAUUAAAGAUGCUAUGGCUAAAAUCCAAGCAAAAAUCCCUGGAUUGAAGCGCAAAGCUGAAUGAAAAGCCUGAAAUAAUAGUUUGAAAUAAAUGAACAAUAGUUUAUCUUUAAAGGGGAUGUUCAUUUGAUUACAUGGGGAGGGUCAGGGAAGAAUGGAACCUUGGCAUUGCAGUGUAGUUCACAGAUCUUUAUUUUUUGCAAUGUCGUGUCUGAAGAAAAAUGACCUGUCUUGACUACCAUGUGUUCAUCAUUUUAAGUAUUGUAAGCUGCUAUGUAUGGAUUUGAACCAUAAUCUUUUAUUUUUCCCAUACGAGGCACUGGUAAAUAAAAAAAGACCUGCAAAAGCUGUAUGGUAUACUUUGAUACAGGUAGUCUUGCUGUGUUGAGGAAUUGCAGAGAAAAGUGGAGCUGAGAAAAUAACCUUUUUCACAGUUUGUGCACUGUGUCUGGUCUGUGUAGAUUGAUGCAGAUUUUCUGAAAUGAAAUGUUUAAAUGAUAUACAACUAAGGUAUAAAUGAAAGUUUGCCUUUUUGGUAUGCUCUAGGUGUAUUGUGAAUUUUACUGUUAUAUUGCCAAUAUAAGUAAAUAUAGAUUAUAUAUAUAUCUAUAUAUAGUGUUUCACAAAGCUUAGACCUUUACCUUUCAGCUGCCCCCACAGUGCUUGGUAUUCAGAAAGUCCUUGGUUAUCUAUGUGUGUAGUUCCAAAGCUCUUAAGCUAGAAAAAGAAAAUAUAUUUCUAGGAGCACUUCCAUCUAUUUUCAUCAUGAAAUGAUGCCAUGCUCAUAGACUUCAUCACGCAGACUUAUUGGAGUUAAUUUCGUCACAAACUCAAAUCUACGGACUGACUAAUGCUUCAAAAAAUAUUUGCAAAUAUCAAACAUUGUUAUGCAAGAGAUUAUACAAUGAAGAUUUAUACAAUUGUGGUUUAAGCUGUCCUGAACUAAAUCUGUGGAAUGCAUCGUGAACUGUAAAAGCAAAGUAUCAAUAAAGCUUAUAUAGACUUAAA